AUGGAGUGGGGCUCCAAGGUGGACAUUUGGAGUGUCGCUACGUUACACCUAUUUGACGCCUGUGACAACGAAGUCGCAUACCUUGGAAUGCCUCCACUUCAAUACACGCAAAGCAACGAUAUAACAAAGAAGGUUUUCAACGAGCAAGGACACUGGACGGGUAGUUCUAAGAGUGCGCAUAUCCAUACGAUCUCACUCGAGGAUAGAAUCUCAGUGCUUGAAGGAGAGGAAAGGAAAUUGUUUCUCGACUUCAUGCGAUCGAUGCUCAGACGUCGGCCGGAAGACAGGAAGUCUGCAACUGAACUUUUGAAACACCCAUGGAUAGCUGACGCUAUGUAG